AUGUCAUCAGCACAAAAAUCUCUAACUUUAUAUUUUAAAAGAAAAGCAAUUGUUGAAGAAUCGGACAAUAAUUUAGCAAAAAAAAAUAAAUUAAACGAUAAUUUAAAUAAUAUUUUAAAUGAUAAUGUAACAACUACACAAACAAUUUCAAACACUGCACCAUCACGUGAUACUCAACCAAAUAUUAAUGAAAAUUGUCCAUUAUCCACCACAGCAAAUACAACAGCAAAUGAUAAUAAAAAACGUAGAUAUCAAAAAUGGUAUUCAGAUAAUUAUAAAUGGCUUAUACAUGAACCAAAUCAAGGUGGAUUUUGUCGCAUAUGUCGCGAUUACUGGAAACCAACAAUACCAUUUUAUUCUGAAAUGAACGCAAGAACUAAAGGUGCUUUUGCUACACAACCGUUUGUUAAUUGGAAAACUGCACCUGGUCCAAAUGGAAGUUUAGAAAAACACCAACAAUCUUCUUAUCAUAAAACAGCUGUACAAAAUUUAUCAUAUCGGCAGCAGGAAGGAUCAGUAAUAGAACAAUUGCUUAAUGUUAGUGAAUUAGAACGUCAAGAAAAUCGUCAAAGAUUUGGUGAUUUAUUAGAUGCUGCUUAUUUUUUAUUUAAACAUGAAUUACCACAUACAACAUUAUAUUCAUCAUUAUUGGAAUUAUUAGCAAAAACUGAUCAUAGCAAAAAAUUAUCAUCAUUUUUUGAUAAAUGUCAAAAGAAUGCCAGCUAUGACAGUACAACAACAGUUACAGAAUUAUUACAAACAAUUAGUGAAAUAAUAGAUGAACAAAUAUUAAGAAAAAUUCGUGAAUCAAGAGUUAUUUCAAUCAUGGCUGACGAAGGUACAGACAUAAAUCGUCAUCAAAAUUUAUCGAUCUGUAUACGUUAUUGUAAUCAAGAUACAGGUGAACCAACAGAAUCAUUUAUCAGUUUAUUAAAAAUAAAAGAUAAAGAUGCUCAAACAAUAUUUGAUACAAUUGUUAAAGAAUUAGAAGCUAAACAUAUUGAUAUGACAAAAAUUCGUUUUACUGGCUUUGAUGGUGCAUCGGUGUUUAGUGGAGAAUUUAAUGGUGUAUCUGCAAAAUUUCGCCAGAUAUAUUCAGAUUCAAUAUUAUUUAUUCAUUGUCGUGGUCAUAUUUUACAGUUAUGUUUAUUAGAUGCAUGUGAACAUAUACCUGAAGUAGAAGAAUGUUUAUCAACAUUGAAAUCUUUAAUUAAUUUUAUUAAUCGAUCAUCUAUCAGAUUAGCACGUUUUAAUGAUAUUCAAGCAUUAUUACAAUGUCCACAAAUAAAAUUAAUUCGACCCGGUGAUACACGAUGGUUAUCAUAUUUUCGUUCAAUUAGUGUUAUUCUUCGUUGUUAUGAACCUUUAAUGAUAACAUUAGAACAUAUAUCUAAUGAAAGAGAUGAAGAAAGUCCAACUGCAGCUGGUCUACUUUCAAUCUUAGAAAAUCAAUUGACAAUAUUCUUACUUCAUAGUUUAGAACCAAUUUUUGAAGCACUUUCAAUUUUAUCGAAAUCCAUACAAACAAAAAAUGCAGAUUUUAGUCAACUUGAACAAUCAAUGCUUGGAACAUUAUUACGAUUAGAAGAAUUAAAAGAUAUUAAUAUUACUGAAUAUCAAAAAAUAUUUGAAAUUGUUGAUAAAAUAAAGACAUCAUCUAAUGAUGAUGGUCGUAAACGUGCAACACGUACAACAACAAGAACAAAUGAAGUUAGUUUACAACAACAAUUUAAUGAUAAAAUAGUUAAAUUUAUUGAUAAAAUUAUAUCAAAUCUACGUGCUAGAUUUGAAUCAAAUGUUUUACAAUUCCUCAAUUGUUUUCGUAUAUUUGAUGUUGCUGAAGUAACUGAUGAACCAGAAUAUGGUGUACAACAGAUUAAUAUGAUCAAAAACCAAUAUCCUAAUGAUUUUAAUGACAACUUACUCAACGAAUGGAAAGUAUUUCGUAAAUAUUUAUUCGUGCAAAAACAACAACAAACAUCAACAAGUUUAUCACAACGACAACAAUGUAUUAAUUUAGUUAAAAAUGGAAUGUUAAAAGAUAUGUAUCCACAAUUAUCUUUAGCUGCUGAAAUAUUUUUAUGUGCACCAAUUAGCACAGCAACAGUGGAACGCGAUUUUAGUACAAUGAAUAGAAUAUUAACUGAUUUACGCAAUCGUUUAACAACAGAACAUUUGGAACAAUUAAUGAAGAUAUCAAUAGAAGGACCAUGUGAUUUAGAUAAUAAUAUCAAAGAUUUAAUUAUUAAUUGCUGGAAAACUAAAAAACUUCGAAGAAUUUCAGUUUAA